CCCGCUGUGCGUUUCAGUGUAGUGCGGGUGAGCGUGGCGUAUCCAACAUGGAGAGGCAGCGCGCCCAGAAGAAAUGCGCGCAACGAGUUCCCGGGAUGCUGCUGCUGCUGCUGCUGCUUUGCGAUUCGCACUCGACUGCUUUCGAGCUCACUAUCCUGCACACCAACGACGUCCAUGCCCGAGUGGAGCAGACCAGUCGCGACUCCGGCAAGUGCAUCGGGCAGGAUUGUUACGGCGGCGUCGCGCGCAGGGCUACCAUGGUCAAGCGGAUCCGCGCAUCUCAGCCCCACGUGCUGCUCCUCGACGCCGGCGACCAGUACCAGGGCACCGUCUGGUUCAGCUACUUCAAAGGCUGGGAGGUGGUGCGCUUCAUGAACCUCCUGCGCUACGACGCAAUGGCAUUGGGAAACCAUGAGUUUGAUAAUGGUGUGGCUGGAUUAUUGGAUCCACUGCUUAAAAAUGUUAACUUUCCUAUUUUAAGUGCAAAUAUUAAAGCAAGUGCUGAAUUGGCAAAUAACAUCACAGGGUAUUUCCUUCCUUAUAAAAUAUUAAAUUUUGGCUCAGAAAGAGUGGGAAUUGUUGGCUAUACCACAAAAGAGACGCCUGUUCUUUCAAACCCUGGGCAAGAUUUAUUGUUUGAAGAUGAAAUUGCUGCAUUGCAGUCCCAAGUGGACAAACUCACUACUUUGGGAGUAAACAAAAUCAUUGCACUGGGUCACUCAGGUUUUCCUGUGGACCAAAGCAUUGCUCAAAAAGUGAAAAACGUGGAUGUCGUGGUUGGGGGGCAUACGAACACAUUUCUUUAUACAGGGACGCCACCUUCAAAUAAUAUACCAGCUGGUGAUUAUCCAUUCAUGGUGAAAUCUGAUCAUGGCCCUCAAGUACCUGUUGUUCAAGCUUAUGCUUUUGGAAAAUACCUUGGUUACUUGAGUCUUACAUUUGAUAAACAAGGAAAUGUAAUAAGUGCAUCAGGAAACCCUAUCCUACUAAACAACAGUAUUCCAGAAGAUGCAGAGGUGAAGGCACAAGUUGAUAUGCUGAGGGUUCAGCUGAAUAAUUUUUCUUCCCAGGAGAUAGGAAAAACCAUUGUGUACCUGAAUGGUACAAGUGAAGCAUGCCGUAUCCAAGAAUGCAACAUGGGAAAUCUGAUUUGCGAUGCUGUGGUUUACAAUAAUCUUAGACAUCCAGAUGAUAAUCAGUGGAAUCAUGUUUCGAUGUGCAUCAUAAAUGGUGGUGGAAUACGGGCACCCAUUGACGAACGAAACAAUAAUGGUACCAUUACUUUGGAAGAGCUGCUAGCUGUAAUGCCCUUUGGAGGCACUUUCGAUUUGCUACAGAUCAAAGGUUCAACUCUGAAAGAAGCUUUUGAGCACAGUGUUCAUAGACAUGGGAAAGGAACAGGUGAACUGCUACAGGUUGCUGGUAUACACGUGGUAUAUGAUCUUUCCCAAAGUCCAGGAAGCAGAGUGGUCAGUCUAGAGGUUCUUUGCACAGAGUGUAGAGUCCCGGUCUACAUGCCGCUCCAGAUGGAAAAAACAUACAAAGUGAUUUUGCCUUCUUUCCUUGCUGGAGGAGGAGAUGGGUAUUACAUGCUAAAAGGAAGCUCAAAUAACCAUAGUAGUGGUGACCUUGAUGUUGCAGUUGUUUCCAACUAUAUUUAUAGGAUGGGGAAGGUAUUUCCAGCAGUUGAAGGUCGUGUGAAGUUUUCAACUGGAACUAUAGUCCAGGGACAGCAUAAUUUUGUUUUUGGAUUAUUUGUUAUACUUUUGUGCUUCGUUCUUUAAUAUUUUAUUUUGAUUCUUUAAAUGCAAGUUUGGGGUUCCGACUGGAAUUUUUCUAGAUCUAGCAGUUGGUUAACAUGUUAACACAAUCCCAGGCUCCAGUUGAUUUGAAGACUGGGAGGCCAGUAUGUAAAUUGUAAAUAGUACCAGUGCCACUGGAAGAAACAUGUUUUAUGGUUUAAUAUAUCUGUAUGUGUAAGUAUUUGGACCAUGUUAUACCAGUGUAAAUAAUUGAUGAAACAUGCCUUUGACUUCUAAAAUAAAUGAGCA